AUGGCCUCCAACACUGCCACCAUGGGGAACCUCCCCAGCGGGAUCGGAAUAUGCACGACCAUCCCCGACAUCCUCUACCUGCCCGAGCUGAUCUUCGGUGGCCUGGUGUGGAUCCUGGUGGCGUGCACGCUGGUGGUGCCCCAGAACCCUCAGGGCUGGGUCAUGUUCGUCUCCGUCUUCUGCUUCAUCAUGACCUUCAUCUGGAUGGUGGUGUUCGCCUGUGGGGGGCAUCACAACAAAGGCAGCUGGGCUGCAGCAGACUUUGCGUAUCACGGCAUCGCUGCCUUCUUCUACCUCAGUGCGUCAGUGGCUUUGGCCAAAGUGACCCUGGAGAUGAAGGAUGGACCCGAGUUCCAAAACUACCAGCUGGACAUCUCUGCAGUGGUCUUCUCGUACGUGGCGACUUUCCUCUACUUCAUCCACACCAUCCUGUCUGCCAUCCGAUGGAAGUCUUUCUAGAGGUUCCCUCCCGGCAGAGCCUCGUGGGCGGCGCCGGGGCGGAACUGAGAUCUGUUCGUCCUCAAAGCUCGUACAUAAAGCCGUGGCGCGCCGACACGAGGGGAGGGCUGCCGGGCUGUGGCGCGUCUGAUUUUCUCUCUGGCGGGGGAAGGAAACCGCGGAGCAACACCCGGGGCACCGCAGCGGAGCGAUUUCAGAGAUCUGAAGCGACGAACGACACCCGAGCGGCUUCGCUCUCCCGCAGAAGACUUCCAGGCAACAAACCUACAGACCACAGUGUCACUGCUUACGUUACCCACAGCAACUGUUUCUAACGAAGCUGUCAAUGCUGACGUGGAUGUGAUGGACAGGACAAGAGAACGUGUCCACCUGUUCUCAGGUAUAAUCCAGUUUGUUCAAGCUCAUAAACAAGCGUCUAGACUAAGGACCUUCAAAUAACGUAGACUGUUAUCAUUAAAUUCACUAAGAGUGUGAAUUAUACUGUAGUUAAAGUAGUUGAAGAAGUGCUGAGAUCCCCCACAGGAGUGAAAGUACCAAUACCACAACGGAAAAAUACUCAAUCACGAGCAGAAGUCCCGCAUUUAAAUUCCUACUAAAGUAAAAGUGCAUUAUUAUGGGCAAAUUGUACUUUGUCAGCAUUUU